AUGGCACAAGUGUACAUUCUUUACCCCUCAGAUGUCCCAUUCGACCUGGACUACUAUGUCAAAGUCCACAUGCCUAUGGUUUCAUCAUUAUGGGGUCCCUUUGGGCUUCUGGGUUGGGAGGCUAUUACCUUCCCUUCCGGUUCGCCUUACCAAGUCCAAACCGUGUUGAGCUGGAAGAAUCUCGAUCAGUUCUCUGCUGCUUCCAAGGGAGAAGCCGCCGAUAAGCUAUUUGACGACAUUCAGUAUUUUACCACUGCAAAAGCGCUUAUACUUAAGGGCAAGGUAGUCGCGUCUUCAUGA